CUCAUGUCCUCAAUAUUGCUGUAAAGAAUGGUGUAAUGAACCAUAAUGAAGCAAUUGCUAAGGUCCGAAAAUUUGUAAAUAAAGUUUGGGAUUCGACAGUUAUGAGUGACAAGCUUCAAGAUUUCUGCGUAUUAAAUCAAAUGCAAGAUGAACUUAAACUUCUUAAAACUGUAUAUCAGGACCUUGAAAGCAGUUACUCUAAUAGAAGUGAGUGGAUAAGCAUUAAUAAUAUUAUUUACUUAUUAAGGCCAAUGCUUGACGCAACUGAAAUACUCUCAAAAAGUUCAUACCCAACUAUUGGUGACGUCCGUUUGAUUAUUAAGGGUAUCUUGCAACAUGUUAAAAACUUUGUAAUUGAUAAAUCAGAUUCAGAAGAGGAGUGCGUAAUGGCAGAAUCUAUUAAAGACCAGUUAAACAAAUAUUGGGCUAUUUUCGACCAUAACGAAUCAACAAAGAUAGCCACAAUUCUUGAUUCUGCAUCUAAAUUAUUAACAUUCCCAAUUUCUACUGAGAGAGAUAGCGCUAUUGAUAGCCUGAAAAAAGUAAUAGCUCAGUAUGAACUACCAGAAUUAGAGACAGGUGCUACCUCCACAUCAUCUAAUAAUAAAAGAGAAAAAUUUGUGUCAUUAGUAUUGCAACAAGCAACCGAACUACCAACAAUUGGGAAUGUGACAGGAGAGUUGGAAACAUAUUUGUCUACACCAAUCAUUAAAGAUAGUUCUA